AUGGAAACAUGAAAAAGCAGCUGGAUCUGAUUUAAGAUUUUUCGUCAUAACGAGCAAUUUCGGUGUUUUGAUCUAUAAAUUUCACUUCCUGAACUGGACACUGGUCAAGUACAGCGAUUAAAUUAUAAUAUAGGUGGAAAUAUGUAGAAAUUAUUAUUGUUGUUAUUUUUUAACAAGCUGAUUGUUGGUUACGGGGAAACGGGAGAGAGAAUGGCAGCGCAGCGUCAAACCACUGCUUUCUUUCUUUUUCUUUCUAAUGAUGAUGUAAUGAUGUGUGGGCGUGUUCUUACAUCUUGGUGAAGACCAAAAUAUCAAAAACGAAUGUUUUGACCUUGUGCAGACAUUUAGCUGGUCACCACGAGGAAAACCUUUUUUAAACACGAAAUGCAUUUUUUUUUAAUUAAAAAAACAAUAAAGACCCAGAGUUCCUAUUGGUUACAGAGGUCAGGGUUAAGGUAGUGUUAGUGUUAGUGUAGAUGUAGCAUAGCAUUAAUUACCUGCAGUAAUAAUUAAGUCAGUGCGAGUGUUGUGAUACACCAAAGAGUCUUUUGCGCUCUCUGUUGCUGCUAUUGGUAAGUCGUCUAUAUGCACCCUGUAGAACCGAAUUUGUGUGACAUUCGGACAACCGCAAAUUCGCAUCUACGGGACUACAUGGGCGAUUUCUAACCCCUGAUUCUAAACAGUGCAGUGUGUUUAUAUUUAAAUCAUAAUUAAUCAUAUCGUGUGUGUGUGUGUGUGUGUGUGUGUGUGUGUGUGUGUGUGUGUGUGUGUGUGUGUGUGAGAGAGAGAGAGAGAGAGAGAGAGAGAGAGAGAGAGAGAGAGAGAGAGAGAGAGAGGUGGGGAGUGGUUUGGACAGGGAUGUUAAGACUUUAAAUAGCUGUAAGUACAGAGGUAUAGAGGUGUGGAUAAGUAUAGAGGUGAGCAAAUGAGAUUUAUCCCAUUUUACACAUCAUUGCAGAAUUGAUUUGGGGCGAGGAGUAACUGCUGUUCCAGUAGCCUAACUUUCCUGACUGCUGUAAAAUAAAUAAAUUAAUUAAUUAAUUAAUUAAUUAAUUAAUUAAUUUGUUGACAGAGUAUCAUGGUAACUGAUCAUCACUGAUUACAAAAAAAGAAAUAACAUUUCACAACAAUAAUCCGCCAUUAUUAUUAUUAUUAUUAUUAUUAUUAUUAUUAUUAUUAUUAUUAUUAUUAUUAUCUAACAAUUUAAAGAGCGGCAAUAUUCUGGUAAUCGCAGAUGAGUCUAAAGAUUUAUUUAUUUAUUUAUUUUAAUGUGAAUAGCCAAAAAAUGCAACAUUUCCCAAGUUAAUUUAACACCUACACGUUUUAUCUGCAGGAUUUUUGUGUGUAUUCAUAAUGAUACGAUAUUUGAUCCACACAGAAAAAACAGGCUACACCAGAGACUGAUAAUGAAUUUAUUAAGGAUUUAGCAUGUUUAGUACAUUUUAAAAAUAGGCUACAACAAAAUAAUUCGUAUAGCUAUGUGUAGUUUAAAUUAUAAUAAACUGGCCAAGCAGGACACGAAUGUUUCCUCGGUUUUUAUUGUUGCAGAUCAGAUCUGAGAAACUCUUUGUUGUUGUUGUUGUUGUUUUAUUGCAAACAGAGAUAUUUAAAAUAGAAUUGCGCCUGCGGCUAAUAUCACAGAGAUGCUCAUACAGAUAAACAAGUACUGUGGAGUUUUUUUUCCGCAUAAUAUUUGAGUGGGUUUGGAUGUUGCCAAGAAAAUCUUGGCUUCCUCAUCCGGGUACUUUGACCCCAGUGCCUGCUAUUGGCCUGAGCUGAGUCUCGUGAUCAAAGAAACUUUGCACGCUCCGCUUCUUUGCUGGGAGGGGUGGGCUUUUAUAGAGCAGUAAAACGACACAAAGAAGGAAAAUUUAUUUCUUCCCCCUCCCUAAAUUAAUGAUCAUGAGCUCGUAUUUGAUGAACUCGAACUACAUCGAUCCUAAAUUUCCUCCGUGCGAAGAAUAUUCGCAAAAUGACUACAUCAGUGCUGAAUGUUACAGACGCGCCCGGGACGCCGACUACCAGCAGGAGUUGUUAUAUCCUCAAAGUGUCACCUACCAGGAGGGCAAAUAUGAGUGUGAAAGCAUUCCCCAGCACGGGGGGCAUUUACACGGGGCAAAAACAUACACACCUCCGACUGCUGCCCCUGCCACCCAGACAACUGCCCCAGAACUGCCCUCCGACAGCAAAGAGCCCGUGGUGUAUCCCUGGAUGAAGAAAAUCCACUCCAGUGCAGCGAACUCUUAUGGUUCAGAGCCCAAGCGAUCCCGCACCGCUUACACCCGCCAGCAGAUCCUGGAGCUGGAGAAGGAAUUUCACUACAGCAGAUAUUUAACCAGGAGGAGAAGAAUCGAGAUCGCCAACACGCUGUGUCUGAAUGAGAGGCAGAUCAAAAUCUGGUUUCAGAACCGCAGGAUGAAAUGGAAGAAAGAUCACAGAUUACCCAAUACCAAGGUCCGACCUUCAUCCUCCUCCUCUUCCUCAUCUUCCUCAAACAGUGCAGCGCGAGACCAGGACAUCACAAAAAUUUAGACAGAGAGAUAUUUUAUGGACACCAGUAUACGCAACAAAACAGAAUUUAAUUUAUUUUUAGUUAAGUUAUUUUAUUUUUCAUUUCAAAUUAAACUUCAUUAACUAUAGCUGAUUCGUAAGUAUUUAUUUCGUAUGUUCUUUAUAUUAAUAUAAUGAACAGGACACAUUCUGUCCGCAGUCCAUUUGCCAGCUUGCACAUUGUUAGGUAUUUAUACAAUUUAAGUUAAUUAAUUUGUUAUUUAUGUGGUGUUUUUUAAUUUUUUUUUUUAAUGUAAUGAAUCUAAAGGUUUAGCCUUUAAUAUAAUACGGGGUACUUACAGGAAAAAAAAAACAACAACGUAGGCUUUUUUCGUAUCUGUGACGCGCGCUGGAUGUUAGAUGGUGAUUUUUAACUUGUAGAAAGUCUUGUAAAAUGCACUUGGUGUUAUUUUGUGCUGUAAGUGAUUGUGGUCAAUAAAAGUUGUCAAUGCAUCAAAUGUGA